AUGUCUUUUAUGGGCGGUGCCGAGUGCUCGACGGCCGGGAAUCCUCUCAGCCAGUUUACGAAACAUGUACAAGAUGACAAGAGUCUGCAGAGGGAUAGGCUGGUGGGGAGAGGGCCAGGUCCAAACAUGCAGGGCAUGCGGAGUACUGGGGGUAUGAAUGGGAGUCAGGACAAUAUGAUGAACGAUUUCAUGCAGCAAAACGGCCAGCUUCCUGAAGCUUUUAUGGAGCAGCAUAACUUACACCAGAACCCGCAUAUGCGUACUGGCUCAACCUCACCUGGAGUUGGGGGAUGGGCACAAGAGUUCAACCCUUCAGUAGAACAACGGGCGCGGAUGGAGGCUUCGUUUCAAGCUCCUAAAGGUACUGCGUUUAGUCCCGCCGACUUUCAGAGAUUCCAGCAAAUGGGCCAAGUCCCGGCACGAACGGCAAGCCCUAUGGCCCAGAGCAAUGGGUAUUCGAGCUACCAAGGAGGACCACAAAUGGGUAUGAGAAUGGGUGGUAUGGGCAUGGGUAUGGGCGGAAUGGGAAUGGGGAUGAUGAAUGGGCCAUCAUACACACCACAACAAAACUUACAGCAAGAAGGGAAAGGCAAAGGAAAAAUGGUAGAGCUCGAUGACGAGCACUGGGAAGAACAGUUCAAGCAGAUUGAUAUCCAGGGACGGGAAGAGGAAGAAGCUCUAGCCGCGGAGGCAGAGCUUGAUCAAAUGGACAGGUCAGUCCUUGAAUCCGAAACCAAUGACUUUGGUGAUUUCGAAUCUAUUUGGAGAGGCAUACAAGCUGAGACUGCCGCUGCUAGGGAGAUGGUUAACACAGAUAACAUGGAGAAUGAAAUGGGCGUCCAUAUGGGCGACCUAGAGCAAUGGGAUGGUUUUGAAUCUCUAGGAACACAUCAAUCGCCAUUCCGAGACCCGCAAUUGGGAGAGUACAUGUUUGAAGAGGAUAACAUUUUCAAGAAUGCCACCAAUCCUUUUGACGAAGGUGUACGGAUAAUUCACGAGGGAGGAAAUCUCUCUUUGGCAGCAUUAGCAUUCGAAGCGGCAGUUCAAAAAGAUGCGCAACAUAUCGAAGCCUGGGUACUCCUUGGUUCAGCACAAGCACAGAACGAGAAAGAAACCCCAGCAAUCCGAGCUCUAGAACAGACAUUGAAAUUAGACCCCAACAACCUCACAGCUCUCAUGGGCCUAGCAGUAAGCUACACAAAUGAAGGCUACGACAGCACCGCAUACCGGACCCUAGAACGCUGGCUAUCAAUCAAAUACCCCACUAUCGUCUCCCCCUCCAACCUCUCCUCAGAAGCAGACGUCGGCUUCACAGACCGCCACCUCCUCCACCAAAAAGUAACCGACCUCUUCAUCGGCGCCGCCCAGCUUUCCCCCGACGGCGAGCACAUGGACCCCGACGUGCAAGUCGGGCUCGGCGUGCUCUUCUACGGCGCCGAAGAAUACGACAAGGCAGUCGACUGUUUCUCCGCCGCGCUCGCCAGCACCGAGUCCGGAACCAGCAACCAGCGCGACCAGAUCCACCUCCUGUGGAACCGACUGGGCGCGACCCUCGCCAACAGCGGCCGCAGCGAGGAAGCCAUCGCCGCGUACGAAAAGGCGCUCACGCUGCGCACCAACUUUGUGCGCGCGCGCUACAACCUCGGCGUCUCGUGCAUCAACAUCGGGUGUUUCGACGAAGCUGCUUCGCACCUGCUAGGCGCGCUGGCUAUGCACAAGGUGGUGGAGAGCGAGGGCAAGGAGAAGGCGCGGGAGUUCCUGGACGCGGGCGCUCUGAGCGACGCGGAGCUGGAUCGCAUCAUUAGCCAGAACCAGAGUACCAACUUGUACGAUACGCUCAGGAGGGUCUUUAGCCAGAUGGGCAGGAGGGAUUUGGCGGAGCGCGUUACGGUUGGCAUGGAUGUCGAGAGCUUCAGGGCGGAUUUCGACUUUUGA